AUCUUUGAUGAGGGCACGGCUCCCGAUCCAUUGAAGAAGGAGACCCGCGGAGGUCAGCAGCCUCCUGUCCUUGCCUCCCAUCCAGCUGCGGCACCGACCCACCGACCCCGCCGCGCCGCGCUCCGCCAGCCCAGCAGGCUCACCAAGCAGCUGAGUGCAAAUCCUGAUCUGCAGCGUCCCCUAACACCCCCACAGCUAAAAUGGCGGAAGACGCGGAUAUGCGCAAUGAGUUGGAAGAAAUGCAGCGGCGUGCCGACCAGCUUGCUGAUGAAUCCCUUGAGAGCACCCGUCGAAUGCUGCAGCUUGUUGAAGAGAGUAAAGAUGCUGGUAUCAGGACUUUGGUUAUGUUGGAUGAGCAAGGAGAACAACUGGAACGCAUCGAAGAGGGAAUGGACCAAAUCAAUAAGGACAUGAAAGAAGCAGAAAAGAAUUUGACGGACCUAGGAAAAUUCUGUGGUCUUUGUGUCUGUCCAUGUAACAAGCUUAAAUCAAGCGAUGCUUACAAAAAGGCCUGGGGCAAUAAUCAGGAUGGUGUUGUAGCCAGCCAGCCUGCACGUGUCGUAGAUGAACGGGAGCAGAUGGCCAUCAGUGGUGGCUUUAUCCGCAGGGUAACAAACGAUGCCCGGGAAAAUGAAAUGGAUGAGAACCUGGAGCAGGUCAGCGGCAUCAUUGGCAACUUACGUCACAUGGCCUUGGACAUGGGCAACGAGAUCGACACACAGAACCGCCAGAUUGACAGGAUCAUGGAGAAGGCUGAUUCCAACAAAACCAGGAUUGAUGAAGCCAACCAGCGUGCAACAAAGAUGCUGGGCAGCGGUUAAGUGCAGAGAAGUGCAUUUCCUUUUAAUGCUGUCCAGCAGGGCAGCACCUUCAUGCUUUUAUCAUGGUAUUUAUCUUACUAGGUUUGCACACAUGCACAUAUCAGCCCCAUUGUAAAUGUUGUCCUGUGUAGUUUGUCAGCUUUCCAAAAAUGAUACUUGUAAUUAUUUUUUUCUAGAUAUCUUUCUUUCCAAAGGUUGUACAUAGUGCUGAUUUGAUGGCUAUAGCUCACUAUGAUGUUUUUUGGGGUUCUUCCUUUCCUUUCCUUGUUUCUGUUUUGGGUUCCUUUUCUUUUUUUUCCCUUCUCAUUUUUCUUUUUUUUUAAUGAUGUUUGCUGAAUGACAACACUGUUGGAAUGCUAAACGUGCUGUUAACCUUUAAAUAUCCAGUAUUGUUCUUGUAAAACUGUGACAUUCCACAGAGCUACUGCCAUGCUCCUGUCUUUGGGUAUCAUGAUGUUUAAGCACUUAAACCUGCUGUCUUCAGUUCUUCAUUGCCAUUAUCUGUUGUUAUGAUUUCAUGAUUA